ACCCAGUAGUUCCUUAAAUAAACAGAAAAAAGAAAAUCAAAAUUUUCAUACUUACACAGUAGAUCCCGCUUCUUCUAUUUUACAGAAAAAAAAACCCUCAAAUGAAUUGCCUUCAAAAUAUUCCGAGGUGAAAAUGUUUGAUUCUGAUUUGAAUAUUUGGGACACUAAUGCAGCUAGUGUUUGUUAAUGGUUUGUGAUGUUGUUUUGCAGGUGUCUGUGUUGGAGGCAGCUGUACACGGUAAUGUUCCAAAGAAGGAAUCCGUUGUGUUGGAAGAGUUCUCGUGCAACAGUUGCUGAAAUUGGAUGGGACCAAGGUAGAAGGAGAAGAAAAAAUGCUGAGACAUCUCGAGGUUAUCAGUUGAUGAAUGAUAAGAUAUACCUGCACAAAUAUUGGGUCUUCGCAACUUCCAUACACUGGGAUUCUGGGAAUAAGAUGCUCUGUCCCUCAGUAAAUCUCCACGAUCAUAAAUUUGAUCUUCCAACUUCAAAUUACUAUGCUGAAGUAGUAGAGCGUAAUUUGUACAUUGACAGGAAGAAAAAGAGAUGGAUGCCUUAAUUUUAAAGCUGUGUAAGCUUAUUCACACUACUAGCUAGGUCUACGGCAGACUUGCUUCCUCCAUCUCAUGAUUAUCUAGUAAAGGUGUAUCUCCUCUCCACACUGAGCGAUUUACAGCCUCUCGGUCUCCCUCUAUCUGUUAUAUUUCUUUGGUUUCUGUUUACUUUCUUGGAAACUGGGUGUGAAAUUAUGUCGGAUAUCUUAGUCAUGUAAGAAGUCAUGUAAGGUGUUCAUGUUAAUAUGUUACUUAACUUCAAAAUGCAUGUAUACAUUAUUACUUCUGUGAAAGUGAAAGUAUACAUUGAAUACGAUUUGGCGACCAGCAAUAGCCUAUAUUUCCUGUACUAGCAUUUUCUUCUCAGAGACCUUUUAUCUCUUUA